AAGGCAUGGAUGCGAUCGUAACCGCGCUUACAACAAGCGUUCUAGGCACUGUACGACUGUUCGUGGUGCUCUUGGCUGGAUUCUUGGCGUCGAAGUUCCCUCGUAAUGAACCUCUUCUGGCAAAGGACACCUGCCGCUGCAUCAGCCGGGUCUGCGCGCUACUAUUUUGGCCAGCGCUUAUGACCGCUGGCACCGGAGCCACCUUGACUCCGGGCACGCUGCAAGACGCCUGGCAGCUGGUCGUGACGGGAAGCUUCACCAUAGGGUUUUCUGGAGUAGUUGCCUGGUUGGUGGGGCGUGUGAGCUUCCGACGUCCUGAAGAUCGCCGCGCCUUUCGUCCCGCGGCCCUGGCGAUCGCGUUCCCGAAUUCCGCCGGUUUUCCGCUCCUGCUAGUGGAUGCACUCUGCGAGCAAGACUACAUCAACAGUGAUUUUGAUGAUGACGAGGUCGAGUGCUUCACACAAGCAACGGGCAUGAUCUUCAUUUACGUGGUCGUCUGGCAAGUAUGGUUUUACUCCUGGGGUUUCUACGCCCUUGGGCAGGAUGACGAGCUGGAGCGCAAGCUCGCAGGGGAAGCAGCCAAAUCACCGUCCGAAGCAACCACUGACGAUGUCGAGAUAUCUUCACCCUGCGAGAUAGCACAAGGGGACGCCUUGCCCCCACGGCAGGCAGAGGGCGGUAGUGGUAGGCAGAGCCCAACACACGACGGCGCAGUGGUUGUCGGCGCUAGUCGGCGGAAUGAGGGGGUCAGCGGUACCAGCGGCACGGCGGCUGCUUCGCACGCGGGCAAGGAUGGCGAUGACGAGGGCUGCUGCUCCUGGGCGGGGCUAAGGCGUCGGUUGUGGCGUCUUGUGGUGUCGCCCAACAUGAUUGCGGUCGCGAUCGGUGUGACCAUCGCCAUGAUUCCGGCCCUACAAGAGCAGCUGUUCGACAACCCGAGGGCGGUUCUGCGGCCAUUGGGUGCGGCCGUCGAGACGAUCGGUUCGCCCACGGUAGCGGUGUCGACGCUGGUGAUGGCCGGCAGCCUGGUGCAGGUUCCCACCGUGGGGGCGGCAUCCGCGGCGGCAUCACAAGGGGGACAGGGUGAUGACGACGGCACCCUGCGGAGAUGGCGUCGCUUCCGAAUCCUCGUGGGCUUCCUGCACGUGGUCUGCCGCCUCAUCGUGGUGCCUGCGGUGGGGUUCACCCUGUUUUGGGUGGCAAGAAAUCAGAGCUCGGUGAUGGGGGAGAACCGGCUGAUGCACCUUAUCUUGCUCAUCGAGCUCGCCAUGCCGUCGGCGGCGUUUGUGAUCGUGUCCCUGAACCAGCUACGGAUGCCGGCGACCGCAGGCUUCAUGGCCCGGCUGUACCUCUGGCAGUACGGGGCGUCGAUGGUUACCAUCACUGCGUGGACAGCGUUGGCCGUACACCUAGUGUACUGAAGGAAGAGUUGCGCACUGUAUGUAGCCCAAAGUCGUGUUGUUCAAGUGUCUUCUGUUUCUGUAGCUUGGUGUGCGGACAUUGGGACCAAUUCCUG